AUGACUACGACUCAUGACAGCGGGCGGACGCAGCGCUUUUCACAUAUCUUUGCGCGCCUGCAGGAGCUCCAGAAUUAUGGCUGGGACCCGGCCAUUGAGCCCUUCCACUCCUCGUACGACAACUACCAUUUCUUUGGCCACGAAAAGACUGCGCCCAAGCAGGAACGACCGCAAUCGAGGGGACGAAGCGCCGUAACCUCCCCCACCCUGUCGCAUUCACCCGACUCUGCCACCCGAAGCCGGCCGACUGUUACGCGCACCCACCGCAGCUCAGGCUCCGAUGCGAGCAUCCAAACACACCGCACCAAUACCACAGUCAAGGGCGUGGCGCGAGAAGGCCGACCGGUCGUAUGCCGUGUCUCGGCACAGACUCUGCGACUGGAGCGCGAGUUCCAGCUCGCCAAACUCGUCGUCAAGGAAUCGGAUCCAGAAUGCCGGCACUUUGUUCGCCCUAUAGAGUUCGUCCGCCUCUCCACCAAAGCUGGUGAGGAGCCGCUCGUCGCCAGCAUAUUCGAAGCCCCUGGGCCCAACUACCUCCACGACUUGGUCAACUUUGGUCCCAACUUUUGGAAGGUUACCAGCAAUGCACAGAGCCAUCAAUCAAACCCCUCCAUUCCCAACCGUGGUGUGCCCCUCCUUACCUUUCUCGAUUUCGCCGUUGGAUCAGUCGAGUGUCUGGAGAUUCUGCACCAUGGUCACGAAAUUGUCCAUGGCGAAAUACGCGGUGAUGCCUUCCACUUCGCCGAGAACGGCAUUGUCAAGAUGAUCAACUUCGGCUCUGGCGCGAGGUCCUUUGAAAAUGGACUGACCAGCGCAGGGUGGAGUACUUUGUCCAAGGAGACUGGCAUCGAGUUGAAGUUGGCCUUCAUAUCUCCUGAGCAAACCGGUCGCAUGCCUGCUGAGCCCGACACACGGACCGACAUCUACAGUCUUGGUAUCCUUUUCUACACAAUGCUAGGUGGUCAGGCGCCCUUUGAAGGCGCUACAGCUCUCGAUGUCAUGCAGAAUGUCAUCAGCAAGCGGAUCCCACCAAUCUCCUCUAGACGUCUAGACGUCCCAGAGGCCCUCUCAGAAGUCAUCCAGCGCAUGACUCAGCGUAACAUCGAGGAUAGAUACCAUUCCACGUCGGGGCUCAAACACGAUCUUGCCCGCAUCCGUGAGUUACUAUGUGAAGGCGAUGUCGAAGGACUGAAGGCCUUCCGUGUAGGCUCCAAGGACAUCAGUUGCUUCUUCAAUCUACCUCUCAAGCUGAUUGGUCGUGAGAAGGAAAAAAAGACUAUAGUAGAUGUCUUGGAGCGGGUGUCAAGGCACCGUCGAAGUAGCAUCAAAACUCUACAAAGCUUGAGUUCAGGCUCUUCCUUUUCAGAUCAACGACGAGACUUGAGCUUUGACGAUGUUGUUUCAGAGAGCACCAGCUCGAGAGGCUCAGAUAGCAGGCUCAACAGCGUUUCCGCAGAUACUCCCGUUUUUAUGGGAGAUGCUCGGUCAAUACAACACGAUUCACAGGACAGUGUAGCACAGUCAGAAGUCUCUACAGCUGAAGGAAGCGUAGAUGGCCGACCUCAACUACAAUCUGCAAAUCGAGGACGAUCUAACAAUAGCAUUGAAAGCUCCGUCCUUCACUCUCGCUCUUAUCAGUCCAACGACGGCCUGAGUAGACUAGCCAGCACACGGAAACUAAGACGCAAGGCUCGGUGUGAGGUGAUAGUGAUAGCUGGUACCACAGGAUUAGGCAAAUCUCGUCUUGUGCAAAGUGUACAGAGCACAGCGAGGAGUACCGGCUAUUUCGCCAUGGCCAAAUUUGACCCUGCAAAGAAAGCACCUUUUGAUCCCAUCCUAAGAUUGAUGUCCUCGUUCUUCCGACAGAUAUGGAACAGCGGAGUUUGGACGGUGCUGCGAACUUACCUUGACCUUCCUGAAUGGCUCUUGAACACAAACGGCACAGCAAAAAGUGCGCAGCAAAGGGACCUGGAUACAACCAAAGACAUGGACCGACGGGCAUCGUCUCCUGCCGUUCAUUGUGGAUCAGCUGGACAUACUGCUGAAGCCUGGCUGCGAAGUGGAGGUGCUUCCAAAUCCUCUAGAUUCAUGAAUGUCUUUAUAGACGUUUUACGACUCCUUGCGGUACACAAGCUUUGUACAUGGAGCUUAGAGGAUGUACAGUAUGCUGAUCCAGAGAGUGCUGAGCUGAUCCACCACAUCGUGCAGGCUAGAAUCCCACUUGUUCUUAUGCUUACGUACACCAACGAAGAGACCCUGCCCCGGGAACUCAUCCCAUUACUACGCCACGCCACCAAGGUACAGCUUCUACCGUUUUCAGAGGCGCAGACUGCGGACUAUGUAGCCGAAACGCUCCAUCGAGAUCGUCAAUACAUCCUCCCUCUGGUAGCGGUAGUCCAGGAAAAGUCUCGAGGCAACCUGUUCUACAUACGCGAGAUACUUGACACUUGCUAUCGCAAACGAUGCGUGUACUACGAGUGGCGGGAGAAUAAUUGGGUUUUUGACCUCGACAAGGUUUUCGCAGUGUUCGAGAGCCCAGAGUACGGUUCAUCCGUGACGACUGAUUUUAUAGCAAAGCGAUUGACGGAGCUGCCAUCAGCAAGCAGGAAGCUCCUAGCAUGGGCUUCUCUUCUGGGCGGCACAUUCUCGUUUGAGCUCUUACAGAAGCUACUCAACCCAGCGAAUAAGCCCGCUGAUGCCGGGAGACUGCCUCUUUUCGACGAAAAUGAGAGUGCCGUCACAGCCCUCGAUGCAGCGCUCAAAGCCUACGUACUCAUGCCCGCUGACCAGGACGCUCGAUUCAGAUUCAGCCACGAUCGAUACCUCACAGCAGCUGGCAACUCUCUUGACAGCGAUUGGGACACGCAGCUGAUGCACUUCACAAUCGCUAAGAUGAUAACUGCUGGCGAGGAAUACAACGACGACUCAACGAUCGGAUCCAAGGCAUUAUAUAUGCAGAGCCGUCACAUCUGCCUUGCUGCAGAACUCAUAAAAGCCAAAGAGACAUACCGGGCUCCAUUUCGAGAUAUGCUGUACCAAGCGGGAGAAACUGCAUGCGAGUCUGGUGCAAGAUCAACUGGCAUCUACUACUUUGCUCACAGCCUGAUGCUCUUACAAGAUGACCCAUGGGACGACAAUCAGCCGGAUGUCUCGUAUCAAGAGACUUUGCAGCUCUUUGUAAGAUCAGCAGAAUGCUAUUGGCAUCAAGGCAUGUUUGAUGAGGCGCUUAGCUUGAUCAGGACGACUUUUCAGCACGCGCGGGAUCCUUGCGAUAUGGCUAGUUCGUUUAUUCUGCAGUCCAGAGUGUUUGCCAUUCGUGGUGAUAGUUUUGGUGCAUUCCAGGCUCUCAAAGAUUGCCUUUCCUUGUUAGGAUCCCCUAUACCUCCGACAACAUGGGAAGCGUGCGACACCGAAUUUCAACAAAUAUAUGGCAAGCUUCAGAAUAUCGACAAAGAAGAGUUGCUUAAACGUCGGGCGUCGCCAGAUGACCGCGUCUUGAUGACAAUUGGGCCUGUGUUCAUCGAGCUUCUUAGUGCGGCGUUCUGGUCAAACAGUCUUUUGUUCUAUCAAUCGACGCUGAAGCUCAUUUCAAUACAUCUCGAAAAGGGUACCAUGUCACAGGUAGCCCUAGCUUAUGUGCACCUGGGGACUGUUGCAGGCGGCCGCUUCAACAUGAUGCAGUUCGCUGUGGAUACGGGUGCCAUCGCGAAGCGUAUCUUCCAGAUGUUCCCCGAUGACUAUUACACGCUGGGUAGGGGCCAAACUUUGCAGCCAAUGUUCCUGGGUCAUUUGGAAGCGCCUGUGGGUGAUCUGAUACCGAGCUUGGAAGGAGCGCUCCAAGCGUCUCUUACCGCCGGUGAUAGGAUCCUUACGCUUCUGAACCUUGGAGUACAAGCCCACUUCAGGGUCAUGGCAUCACACGACGCCGCAGAACUAGAGGCCUGGAUUGAGGAAACUCCACUGGAUAUGCGAAAUUGGCAAAAAGACAUGCGAGGAGGCGUUUUCCUCAUGGCUGCUAGGCAAUACGCAAAAGCGCUCCAGGGAAAGACUGACACAGGCAGCCCUUCGUUACUCCUCUCAGACCACGAUCACAACGAGGCCGAGUACAUCGAUUUUCUCGAAAAAACGGCUAGCAAUCCGAAGCGUCCAAAAUCUAUAUAUCUUGCUACCAAGCUUCCGUUGCUGGUGCUUUAUGGUCACAAUCGGGAAGCAGUUGCGCUUGGGGAGAUGUUGCUUCCAAUGCUGAGCAGUCUUUGGUCUGAAAGACUGAACUAUUCGGUUAGGUACUACCUAUCGCUAGCAUACAUGGUUCUUCUUCGAGACGAACCUGAGCACAGUCGGAGAGGCGAGAUGAUCCAACACGUUCAAGGUACCCUGAAGUUGCUUGAAGCAUGUUGCACUGUAACUGAUGCCAACUACCGGGGUUGGAUACAUCUUCUUACUGCCGUUCUUGCAGAUAUCAACGGCGAUCCUCAGUCGACGUUGGAGAACUACGAAGCAGCCAUGGACCAUAACGAACGUUACGAUUUCAUCCUAGACGAAGCUUUCGCCCUGGAGCUAUACACUGGAUGGUUAGUGAAUAAGAAGGCCUACAGGGCGGCUCGGCAUGCGCUCAAGGACUGCCUUUCGACGUAUCGAAGGAUGUCCGCGUAUGGAAAAGCAAAUCACUUUGCCAGCCGCUAUGAAUGGCUAGUUCACAGUGUUCGAUCAUUUACGACAGCAGACCAAGCCGUACAGACCUCGGUCGUGGACACGGGUAACACAGCCUUCAGGCUUGAGCAGAACGACCACGACCAUUUCCUGGGACCGGAAACCGCGGUCGAUCGAACCCAAGAUUGGAUCGUACCGGAAACGCGGCGCCAGGAAUCCGCCCCAGCUCUCCACAACGGGCUUUCGGCUGUGGGCCUUGACAUGCUGGAUCUAUCGUCAAUCCUGGAGUCGAGUCAAGUUCUUUCCAGCGAACUCGUUGUCGAUAAACUGAUGGCAAAGAUGAGUUCAAUUCUCCUCGAAUCUACGGGCGGUACCUUGUGCGGCUUAGUGAUUGAAGACUCGCAAAUCGAGUGGUCGAUUGCGUGUGUCGCUACCAACGAGCCUGACAACGACAGCGGGUUCUCUUCCGGCGUCACGUCCUUCCCUGCAAGUCAACCUUUGGAUACUGUGGAUGAUGUUGUCGCUCGACAGGUGACACUAUACACACUUCGCUUCCGGGAGACAGUCUUCGUCCAGAACUUAUAUGAAGACGAUCGGUUUUCUAAUGUCUCAGACGCCUAUCUACAGCGCAAUCCGGAGGGGAAAGCAGUCAUAUGCAUCCCGAUUCUCCAUAGCGACCAUUUGCUAGGCUCGAUCUACGUUGAAGGCCCGCCGAAUUCAUUCACUGAACGCAACACCCAGGUUCUUCGAUUGCUUGUGAACCAGAUAUCCAUCUCCUUGGCCAACGCAUUGCUCUUCAAGGAAGUGGAAAGAGUCUCUGCCAGUAACGAAGCAAUGCUCGAAAUGCAGAAACGUGCUUUGUCGCAGGCGCGAGCGGCGGAGAUCAAGGCGAAAGAGGCCGAGGCCAUCGCUGUGCGCAAUAUGAAGUUGAAAGAAGAGGCUGCAAAGGCAAAGAGCCUUUUCCUGGCUAAUGUAUCCCACGAGUUGCGCACCCCCUUGAACGGCGUGAUCGGUAUGUCUGAGCUGUUGAAGGCUUCACCACUCAACUCCGAACAGUCCGGAUACGCCGAUUCGAUUCGUGUUUGCGCCGAUACACUACUUUCCAUCAUCAACGACCUACUAGACUAUUCCAAGCUCGAGGCCGGCAAGAUGAAUGUUUUGGAGAUGCCGAUAUCACUGUCUGAGACGAUUGCCGAGGUCGUACGCGCUCUUGCAUACACGAACGCCGAGCGGGGUCUCAAGACCAUUGAGCAGCUGCAUUUGGAUCCCGAGAUGCUUGUUAUGGGCGAUCCUGUCCGACUGCACCAGGUUCUCAUGAAUCUGCUGUCUAACAGCUACAAGUUCACGCCACGGGGAUCAGUCACUGUCCGCGCUGUUGUAGAUCAAGAAACAGACGACUGGGUAGACGUGACAUGCAGCGUCAUAGACACCGGCAUCGGUAUCCCAGACGAGCAAAAGCAGAAGCUCUUCCUCCCUUUCUCGCAGAUAGAGUCGAGCUCCGCAAGGAGCUAUGGUGGCACUGGUCUGGGUCUCAGCAUCUGCAAAGCUCUUAUUGAAAAUGUCAUGCAUGGUACCGUGCGUCUCGACAGUCAGCCAGGCCAGGGUACAACAGUCACCUUCUCGUUGCGGUUCAAGAAAGUACCGAAAGCGCAAGCAGGUAACCAACCGCAAAGAACGCGAGAGCCAGAUCCCAUGGCGAGAUUCUCAAGCCAGGGUAACAACGGCCAUGAGCAGUCAUCGGGUACUUGCAUCGAUCUUUCAACCAUACCUAGGCGAGACCUUCGAGUGUGCAUUGCGGAAGACAAUUUGAUCAAUCAGCGCAUUGCAAUCAGUUUCGUGCAAAAGCUUGGCUUCAAGUGCGACGCCUAUCUCGACGGCUUCAAGACAAUUGACGCGCUAGAACGCGCUUCAGAGAAUGGUCGGCCCUUCCACUUGGUACUCAUGGACGUACAAAUGCCGCAUUGUGACGGUUACGAAGCCACAAAACUUAUCCGCAAGCAUCCCAAUCCCGAGAUUCGCAAUGUUCUUAUCAUUGCCAUGACCGCUUCCGCUAUUCAAGGAGAUCGGGAGAAAUGUUUGGACUCCGGAAUGAACAAUUAUCUCGCUAAGCCGGUGCGCGCGCAGACACUCAAGGCAUUGUUGGAUUCAUACCUGAACAAAAAUAACGAGGUAGAAGAGAUUCCUAAUUUAGCGAUCGAAGCGAAGAAGCUGGUCAAAGAGGCAUUGAACGAGGCGGAAGCGCUGCCUGACGUCACAAGUGGGAACAGAGAUUUGGAGAAACAGGAGGACCGCAACGGAAGCGCAAGUGUUGUGGGAGACACGAAGAAUGGAAUUACGGCAGCAGAGAAGGAGGGGAAGAAAAUUGAACGGCCGAGCAGUGUGAGGAUGAGCACUACACAGCACAUAUUACCUAACGGUAAGACAGAACCCGUGCCACCUUCCGAGUAG